AUGAAUGACUUUGUAUAUCUUGAUGCCCAGCGUGUACGCACUGUAGCUAACAGUAUUUUGACUGUCAUUCUCGGAACGCACGAAAUUCCUAUUGAAUGUGAUGAUCUUUGUGCUCAUAACCAAUGCUCCAACCUGCAUCCAGAUAUGGGUGAUACCUCUUUGAACUGCGGAUCUGCCGACCUGCUUAAUGGUAAAUUUGGACUUUAUGGAAGCACCGCUCUCUCCCUCUCGCACACGACGUAG